AUGAGUUUCAUAUGGAGUAAAAUCUUUAAUAAAGCUUGGCUGUGCUCCUCCUCCUUCGCCGCAGCAGCUCCUCUCUGCCGGCUGCUCCACGUCGGCCAGCAUGCCUCCCUCACCAAAGCGUUCUCCUCCCGCGACGUGGAGCUGUUCGCCGAGCUGACGGGCGACACCAACCCCCUCCACCUGGACCCGACCUACGCCAGCACCACCUCCUUCGAGACGCCCAUCGUCCACGGCGUCCUCAUCAACGGCCUGAUCUCGGCCGUGCUCGGCACCAAGAUGCCCGGCCGCGGCUGCGUCUUCCUCUACCAGGAGAUCCGCUUCCCGGCGCCGCUCUACAUCGGCGAGGAGGUGCUGGCUGAAGCCGAGGUCCGUAAGAUCAAGAUGUCGUUCGCCAUCAUCGCCGUCACGUGCUCAGUCAAGGACAAGGUGGUGAUGGAGGGGGAGGUGAUGGUGAUGAUGCCCGAGGAGGAGCAGCAGCAGGGGAAGUGAGGAGGUGAAGAUGGCGAAGGUCAGAGGUCAGCACCCUGACAAUAGACUGGUCAGAUGACGUGAGAUCGUGCAGCUUUGCGUCUUGACUUCAUUUGUUUGCAACAACUUUUGUACAUGAUGGAAUUUGCUCCGCGUUGACUUCAUGCUGUUAUAUUUGUUGAUUAUUGAUUAUGUGCUUGAACUGCAACAACAACUUGUGUUUAUUGACAGAUAAUCUACCAGAGAGACGUGUCAGUCAGUUGAUAAUUUAUAAUUUAGCUUGUUUAAUGUCUCUGAUCUGCUCUUUAUUUUGUUUAAUGUUUGAAAUCUUUUGUGUAGAAUAAAAAUUCUGAAUGAUUAA